UGGGAUUUUUUGUCACUCUUUAGUAUAACGUCGAAACGAGCAGGAUGUCAAAAAAGCGGUCUCGGUGGUGGGAGUGAUUAAUCGGGGCCUUCAUUACGCAAUUAUCGGAAGCGAUAAGUAAAUCGUAAAUACAAUAAACAAAUAAACCCGCGAAGGUCUCGUGAUCGGAAAAAAGGUUUUUUUCAUCCCAUCCUUUCAAGUACCGGUUCGUUAAUCGCAAAUCGAUUCAUAACCACAAUAUACUAGCGAACGCACGUCCGUCGAAUUAUUGCAUAUAUUGUAGCAUGUGAUGUGUAUAUUCUCGGACAGCCGUUUGUCACGUUUGUUUUCUUUUCAGUAGCGCAAUUGUUCCGAGAGAGGAAGUACGUAUUUUUCUACGUCCCACUUGUGUUUCGUGCGUUUCGUUUCGUCUUUCUCGUUACUCCGAAAAAUUCACUUUUUUGUCGAACGCAGAUGAUUCGCCCUGAAGCGUUUCUCAAAAUUUAUCGCGUUCAAUAUAACAUUUACGAUGUUUCGUGAUUAUCUUGUGUGCACUGAUCAGAAAAAAUGAAUUCCCUGCAUCUGGAGGUGAGCGAUCCAGGAAGCAUUUUACUGCUUCUGCAAGACCUCGCUGAUCUUCCUUGCACUUUGGUGCAACAGAAGCUGAAUAAAUAUUUUCAAAACGUUACUGGAGCGAAAGUAGCAUUUCUGGCACCGAUCUUAUUUGAAACAGAGGAAAUGGUUAUUCACGUAGUCGGGGAAAAAAUUCUGGAUCGAGAAUUGAGAUUUCCGGUGAGCUGGCAGGUGAUAAAUCAUGCUUUGCACAGAGCUGUCAAGCAACGAAAAUCCAUGGCACAAAAUAUCACAGAACUAGACCAAGAGUUAUUGCAACACCUUCGUUCGGUCGUAGAUGUAGCGCCCAAUUUAUUUCUUAGCAUUCCGAUUCAACAUCCCAUCAAAGAUCACAUUGCUUUAGUCGUCUGUCUCGUCGACUAUGAAAAUAAAGAAGACGCCGAGCACAAUUGCACGAAAUUUGUGCAAGAGUGCUUCAGAUACUGCCUCGGAUUGCUCUUAAGUACAUUGCGUUGUCAGGAAGAAGCGCGAUUGAAGAUCCAGUGUCAAAAUUUACUAGCAGUCUCUCGAAAGCUUUUCAUGCGAUUAGGAGAUUUAUCAGACCUAUUACGAGAAAUAAUGGCUGAAGCUAGAAAGUUAACUAAUGCCGAGCGUUGUUCUUUGUUUCUUUUGGAUCUUGAACAACAGGAUUUGGUGGCUAAAGUAUUCGACGGAGUUGUCACUGGAAAAACAGUGAAGGAAAUGCGAAUUUCCCUGAAUCAAGGAAUUGCAGGUCACGUCGCGACGUCAGGGAAAUUACUCAAUAUUCGAAAUGCAUAUAGUCAUCCUCUAUUUUAUCGAGGUAUCGACGACGUAACGGGUUUCAAAACGAGAAAUAUUCUUUGUUUUCCUAUUCGAGACGAGGAAAGGAUAAUCGGAGUUGCUCAGCUGUGCAAUAAAAUGGACGGUUUAUAUUUCGACGUUUUUGACGAAGAGGUUGCGACAGCUUUUAGCAUUUACUGCGGCAUCUCAAUAAUGCACAGCAUUGUGUAUAAAAAAAUCCAAGACGCUCAAGCUAGAAAUAAGCUCAGCAAUGAACUUAUGAUGUAUCACAUGCAGCAGGUUGAGGACGAGGCUGUACAGGCUUUGCUGAACUGCAGGGACGAUCAUAAUAUCAAGGACUUUGAUCAAUUUCAUUUCAGUCCUCGAAAUAUACCAUAUCGACACAUGCCAUGUUACGUGCUCAAAAUGUUUAGGGACCUUGGGUUUAUUGACCACUGGAAAAUUAAGAGGACAACUCUUGCUAGGUUUAUUCUCUACGUGAAGAAGGGUUACAGAGACGCUCCAUAUCAUAACUGGGUGCACGCUUUCUCAGUCGCUCACUUUGCCUACCUAAUGAUCAAAAAUCUCGAGCUGAUCGGCGAUCUCUACAUGUCACAUUUGCAGGCUCUAGUGUUUCUUGUCUCUUGCUUGUGCCAUGAUAUCGACCACAGAGGAACAAAUAAUUCAUUCCAAACUAAGUGUGGAACAGUUCUCGCUAGUCUAUACAGUUCGGAAGGUUCAGUUAUGGAGAGGCAUCAUUUGGCGCAGUCGAUGUGUAUUUUGAACACCGAGGGCUGCAACAUUUUCGAAAGUCUUACAAGCGAAGAAUACAGCGAAGCUUUGGAUCUCCUUAGGAACAACAUUCUCGCCACUGAUCUCGCCUCUCAUUUCCGAAAUGUAGAUAAACAGCAGGCUAUUAUUUGUCGAGGAUAUGCAAAGGACAAUUUGGAUCAGAGAAAACAGCUUCACGCGAUGUUCAUGACCUGCUGCGAUCUCAGUGACCAAACCAAAACGUGGAAAGUUUCCAAGAAAACCGCUGAACAAAUCUACGACGAGUUUUUUUCGCAAGGAGAUUUGGAGAAAAGCAUGGGAACAGCUCCAAUUGAAAUGAUGGACAGGGAACGUGCCUCGAUUCCAGACCUUCAAGUUCAAUUUAUCACGAAUCUCGUUCUGCCUUUAUUUACGAACCUGGCAACAUUAUUUCCACUCACCGAACAACUCGUCAACGUUAUAAAAGACAAUCGGGAGGUCUGGAAGGUCGUAAAGUCUCUUUUUCAAAAAUACAGUCAAAAGGGGACCACAGGAAUGGACAUUUUGCUCGACCCACGACUAGACGAGGAAAUUGACAAGACCUUCAAUUCGCUCGCUGGGAAUUCUGAGGGAAGCCCUGAACAGGAAACCUCUGAGCAGAAAGCGUCGUGUGAUUGCAGGCCAAGCGAAAUGAAUUCAACUGAAGUGAUGCCCGAAUCGAAUUAAGGUCGAAUUUCGACAAAUAAGCGUCACAAGGCUCCGUACUUAAGACGAUUUCGUGCUUGAGUACUCGACUAUUCGCUGAAAAAAUGGAGGAAAGAAAGACUGCAGUUCCCCAUGAGAGCGAUCUGUAAAAACUGUUGAAGCUCGAUAGGUGAACUUUCUAGUUUUCUACGUUUAGGCGCGUAUCUACUUCCAAUAUCAAACCGCCAAAGUGAUGCGUAUUGUUCGAUACUAGGGAUUCUAAUUUCGAAUACUGGAGAUUUCGAAGUGCGUGCUUCUUAGAACGCGGGCGUUCUUUACCGAAGAUUGCGGGUCUUGAGGGAAAAUUUCUCUCUCUUUUUUUCAACUUGCUACCUUCGACGGUAUCAAAGAAACUAGGAGACGUUCAAAUAUUUCGUAGGAUAAAAAUCACAUGUGUUUGCAUGUAAAAAUAGUUGCACAAUUUUUAAGCUUGAUCGAUCUAAAAUUGAAUAACUUUAAAUUAAAGGUUUCUCAAUUUAAGGUUUUCGAAGUUGAAGGUUUCACGAAAUUAAAUAAUUUAACAUUUAAAACCAAAUAAUAGAUAAACGAAGAAACUUUAAUAACAUUUAUUUGGAAAUUCAAAUUCUAAUUCUAAUUCAGUUUUUGUACUUUUUUCAAGAAACGCAAAAAUUACCUCAAACUAAAAAUUGUAUUCAGGAAAGAUAUUGACUAUAUGGAAACACAUUAGAAAUAGUUUUGAAAUCUUUAACAUUUACAGUUAUAAAAUUUUAAUAUAAAUUAUAUAUAUUGCCUUUUAAAUUAUUAAACAUUCGUUCGUAAUUUAAAACGCUUGCAUGUUCGAUUUGAAAUUCAUCUUUGCAUCUUCCAACUCGAUUCGAAAAUUUCAACAUAUAAAAUUGAAAUAAAAUUUUUAAUAUCAACCGUUUAAAAUAAUAGAAUUAGAAAUUUAAAAUCUCAAUUGUCAGAGAAUUUUAAAUAACAAAUUUUGAAAUUUUGAGCAAUAUUCCAUAGUUUUAUUUUAAACUGCAAUCCUUCGGAAGUUUUCAUAAUGGAAAAAUUGAGGGGGCAAAUAGAAUACCAGCUUGGUUAGAGAAUUUUAAGUAACUAACUUUCAAAACAUUAUAUAAACUUUGUGAUCUUAAUUUUAGCGAGAAACGCAAGAACUACCUCAAAUUACAAACUUAAAAAAGAACAAUUUUAAAUUUGUUGUAUGAAGGGAUUUUUUUAUUCAAUAACUUAAAAUGGCAAUUGAAUCAAAUUUAAAUGCUAGAAAAAAUAUUUUUAAAUUUGAGCAAGUAAAAAGAACAUUAGAAAUUGUAAAACUUUUCGAACACGAAGGUUUCCAAAAUUUAAAUAUAGAAUAGUUGUGAAUGGUCAAUUUCCAUAUUAUUAAAUUUUGGGAUAUUCAAAACUUGUAAAUCGUUACAUUUGUAGCUGCUGAAUUCAAAAUUUUCAACUUUUAAGUCUUUUUAUUUAAAUCUGUUUAAUUUUAACUAUGAAGUGUUCUAAUUCUUCAAUUUUUAAGAACUUAAAUUCAAGAUCUGUCAGUUCUUAAGUCUUUUCAUGUAAAAUUGUACUUUCGGUGGUUCGA